ACCUGUUUACCCCUCAUUGGAUGUCUUCAUAUGUCAUUGUCAUUGUCAUUGCCUACGCACUUCAGUUUACAGUUUAAUUAAAAUUGUACAGAAAUGGAUUUUGAUUCUGAUUCUGAUGAAGAAUAUUUUGCUUCUGAUGCUGCGCGACGAUUUUUUUUUUGAAGAUGAUCGAGAGUUUGGGGUACACCCAAUCAACCAGAAACGGCAAAUAUACGGCGAAUAUCAUCAUUUGUAUCCAGACUUGGUGAAACACCCCGCUAAAUUUCGGAACUAUACCCGGAUGAGGAUUGAAACGUUCAACUACGUACUGGGACUUAUUGAAGAACGUCUUACUAAGCAGUGGACAAACUUUGUGCAGCAACCGAUACUUCCUAGAGAAAAAUUGAUUAUCACACUCAGGUUCUUUGCUACAGGUGUAUCGUUUUAUGCCUUGUCGUAUUCAUUUCGCAUCGGUCGAUCGACGGCAGCGGAAAUUGUGAAAGAAACGUCCCUUGCACUAUGGGAAACACUCCAACCGAUACACAUGCCACCAACGACCGAGCAGUGUUUUAAACAGAUUGCGCAGGACUAUUGGGAAAUGUGGAACUUUCCCAAUUGCAUUGGGAGUAUCGAUGGAAAACACAUUCGAAUUCGAUGUCCCUCUAACUCGGGGACGAUGUUCUACAACUACAAACAUUAUUUUUCGAUUGUGCUUCAAGGGGUAGCUGAUGCUAACUGCAAGUUCAUUUCAGUAGAAGUGGGUGGAUAUGGCAAACAAAGUGACGGCGGAACAUUCAAUGCUUCCACUUUGUUUAAAUUAAUGGAGACAGGAGCAUUAAAUAUCCCUCAAGAUGCCUACCUACCUGGAACGAAUACAUCAAUGCCAUAUGUUUUUCUUGCCGACGAGGCUUAUCCGCUUCUACAACAUGUUUUAAGGCCAUAUGCACGAAGAGAUGGGACAGCAGAUGAAGAAUAUUUCAAUUCGAGACUAUCUAGGGCUAGAAAGUCAGUCGAGUGUGCAUUUGGAGCGAUUAAUGCAAAAUGGAGGUUGCUUUGGAAACCCAUCGAAACGGAUCCAGAAGUUGCGGAGCUCAUAGUAAAGGCCAUAUGCGUUUUGCAUAAUGUAAUUAUUGAUAAGGAAGGAUAUCAGAGUAUUCAGGCAGAUGGAGAAGGUUUCCUUGAAAAUAACAAAAAGGUAACCAGACAAACAUUCAACCAUAGCUACCGACGAACAGGAAAGCAGAUUAGGGACACGUUCCGUGAUUUUGUGUGCAGUACCAAGGAAUUGGAAUAG